AUGCACCUGCCCGGCUGCGCCCCCGCCAUGGCCGACGGCAGCUUCUCGCUGGCCGGCCACCUGCUCCGCAGCCCGGGAGGGAGCACCUCGCGGCUGCACAGCAUCGAGGCUAUCCUGGGAUUUACCAAGGACGACGGGAUCCUCGGUUCCUUCUCGGCGGAGCCGGGCGCUCGGGGAGCGAAGGAGCGGGAUAGGAGGCCGGGCGCGCGGGCCGCUUGCCCCAAGGCGCCGGGGGGAGGCGCCGAGCCCUCCGCGCAGCCUGCCCCGGUGCCCGCUCCCGAGUACGAAGCCCCUCGACCCUAUUGCCCCAAGGAGCCUGGGGAGGCGCGGCCGAGCCCAGGACUGCCGGUCGGUCCCGCCACCAGCGACGCGAAGCUGUCGGACGAGGAGCAGCCCAAGAAGAAGCACCGGAGGAACCGCACGACCUUCACCACAUACCAGCUGCACGAGCUGGAGCGCGCGUUCGAGAAGUCUCACUACCCCGACGUGUACAGCCGCGAGGAGCUGGCGGGCAAGGUCAACCUACCCGAGGUCCGGGUCCAGGUGUGGUUCCAGAACCGACGGGCCAAGUGGCGGCGGCAGGAGAAGCUGGAGGUGUCGUCCAUGAAGCUGCAAGACUCGCCCCUCCUGUCCUUCAGCCGCUCGCCGCCCUCGGCGGCCCUGGCGCCCCUCGGGACGGGCCCGGGCGGCGGCGGCGGGCCGGCGGGGGGCGCCCUGCCGCUCGAGUCGUGGCUCGGGUCGCCGCUGCCGGGCGGGGGCGCCACGGCGCUGCAGAGCCUGCCGGGCUUCGGGCCGCCGGCGCAGAGCCUGCCCGCCAGCUACACGCCGCCGCCGCCGCCGCCCUUCCUCAACUCCCCGCCGCUGGGCCCCGGCCUGCAGCCUCUCGGGCCGCCGCCGCCCGCCUACCCGUGCGCGCCCGGCUUCGGGGACAAGUUCCCGCUGGACGAGGCGGACCCGCGCAACAGCAGCAUCGCGGCCCUGCGCCUCAAGGCCAAGGAGCACAUCCAGGCCAUCGGGAAGCCGUGGCAGGCCCUCUAG